UUAUUUAAAAAAGGGUGAUGGGAAGAGCUGCCAUUUUUUUUUUAAAAACUGUUUUUGAAAAAAUAAAUUUUAGUUUUUAAAUAUAUUUUAAAAAAUGAGUAAAAACUAAUUUUAAAAAGCCACAUGAAAAUUAAAGAAUAAUUUAAAAUGCCACAAGUUUGGAUUCAAACCGAAGAGAGAGACAGGACAGAGGGAAGAAGACGGAGGAGCAUGGGGCGGGCGGGAGCAUAGACGAGGUCACGUGCCGGAGGCAGGGCUGAGGUUGGAGAAGGAACAUGAGGCACGUGGAGGGGAGGAAAAAAAAAAGAGGGGAAACCGCCAGCAGCAGAGGAUAGGAGAGAGAGUGGACAGUGGGGCCCAUCGGCACUGUGUCCGCCAAUGAAUGGAAAAUAUGAAUAAAAAGCUGCAGCAGUUCUUGUCUCCUGCAUGAUUCCUCAUUUACGAUCCACGUCCUAAGCUUUGUUGCUCCUGGCCGCGUUCCCCCUCCCCUUCCUCUUCCCUCUUCUCUCUCUUCUCUUCCGUGGCAAAGCCGGGGAGCCAAGAAGCGGCGCCGCCCCGCUCGAGAAAGCUUCCCCCGCACCUUCUCCCGCCGAGGUUUUUCCCCCUCCGGUCUCGAAUCUUUCUCCUCCCGCUCGUCACCACCUUACGGGCCCUUUCGCCAUUUCCCGGAACACCGCGGCCCUCUCGUCCGGCCGCCCGCGCUCGCCGCCCCCCAUCCGACGCCGGGUUUCGCCACCCCCGUAGCUGAGCCGCGGGUUCCGUUGACUUUCGAGGUCGACUGCACCGGCGGAACCUGACUGACGAAGCUCGCUACUUCUUUGCGACGGCGCUCGACUGCACCGGCGGCUUUACGUCCCAGGAUUCAACGUUGCCGUGUCUCGGCGUUGUGCUGCAGCUCGCCUCUUCGGACCUGGUCCGAUCAAAUCGGUUUGCAUCCCGUUCCGUCUGACUCUGCUUCGGAGGUCAUAAUGUUCUCUUGUGUCGACCUCGAUUUCUUAGUUGUUGAUCAAUUGCCUUGCGAUCUGUUGUGGGAUUGCGAUAUUCCACAUGGAAAGGUUCCUAGUCGACGUGUGUCUCCAAAAUGAGUUUUUUCAUGGCCUGAGUAUGCUAUUACUGUGGAUGGUGUGUUGAAUUGGUGUUUUUGAAUACGGACUGGGGAUGUGUUAUGCACAAAAUGGGUGUUCUAUAUUUUGUUUAGAGUGUGAAGUUGUUGCUGGCAUGUUCAUUGGAUAUGCAUGCGUUGUACUUUGCGUGUGUGGUGAACGAAAGAGGAUUCCAUGAGCUGCGAUUUCGAAGGUCGAAAUUGCAAAGUCGUAGCAAUGGAUUUGUUGAUCGCUCUGUCUUAGUAACCUUGUAGCUUAAGUGCUUUGUCUGAGGAACGUAGGUGUAGAGAACAUUUGCUCAGUUUGGCUCACGAACCUUUGACAUUGAAUAGUGGCUUGGUAAAAUGUUCCAUAAUGUUUUGGUAAGAUCUCUUGUUUGGGUUGCCGGAAUUAACUUGUCCCCUUCAUCAUCUCUAGCAUUGGCAUUAGUUAAUUUAUUCCCCAUGGACAUAUUUCUUUUCUAUAGUUACACUGAUGGAUGUGGUGUUGUCAGUGUCAUGGCUUUCAGCAGUUGCUUCAUCCUUAUGAUGCAACAUGGCUUAAAAACAGCGACCAGGAGUCUUUUACAAUCCCAUCGUCUUCUCCAACUCCUCCUUGUGGCCUCCGUGCUCUCGGCAACCGUCCCUGUGGCCCUCGGUGACUCUGGCACGGCUUCGUACUAUGGCCCUCCCUAUGAUCGGACAGAGUGCUAUGGUGAGGGGUCAUCCCAGUUCCCGGAGAGCAAGCCGUUCGCGGCCGUGGGCGACGGACUAUGGGACCUUGGGGCAGCGUGCGGCAGGGAGUAUGAGGUGUCAUGCACCAGUGGCUGCAAACCUGGCUCCGGCGCUAUCCGGGUCAAAAUCGUCGACUCCGCGCUAUCGGUUGGCCCCAGGCAGUCCAUGACCGGCGCUGAUUUGAUCCUGUCACAGUUUGCAUUCGAAGCCAUUGCCAAUCCGUCCAUGGUUUCGAUCAGCGUGGAGUUUAAAAGGGUCUGAUUUUUGGUUAUGGCACAAGGCUCAAGACAGGGAGGCGAAAGCAAAUCGAGUUGUAAUAGUGAUACAUAUAAAUUUAGACACAGUUUAUUCGGAAUGCUGGUUGGUCUUGUUGCUCUUUUGUUUUUCAAAUGUUUGCUGUUUUCGAAUUUAAGAGGAUGGACUCAGCCAGUGUGAGGGCUGAGAGGAAAGAUCGGAGGUUACAUUGGUCGCGGUUGAUCUUUGCUAAGAUAGAUGUUACUCUGUCGCUGGUUUGAAGUUUUGGGAAGAAUUAUAGCACUGCCCCAAAUUUGUACUCAUGUGGUAUUUUUCUCACUGUUUCUAUUCCGUCGGUGGUACCGUUGCAAAUUUUACGUGGCAGCUGAGUGGGAGAAAGAAUGCAAGCGGUGCUAACAUGGAGAUCUGCUACUAUAGAUGUGGACUCCAUUGAAUUGUUCAGAGCCGGGAAGUUGCUGUGUGUUCUUUGGUGGCUGUGCUCUGCGUUUUCGACUGGUCUAGGACUCUAUCUGGACUUAAACUCAAUCAAUCUGAAACUGCUCUAUUUACA